AUGGAAAUAGACCAGUGGAACUUGAAACAGUGCCCUAUAUUGUCAGUGUCCAACACAAUGAAGAACAUUGCUGUGGAGGUACAAUAUUGUCGUCAAAAAGAAAAAUUGGUAUAUCCUGAUGAAUUACGAUCAAUCACAGUAUCAACAAUUGGUCUGAAGGAGUGUCAGGAAAUUGUAAUUCACAAAAUACCUAACCACAUUCAAAUUACAGCUAAAGAUAUUUGCACUGGUGAAUUAAAUGGAAUAAAGGGCAGUUGUCACGGUGAUUCUGGUGGUCCUUUAGUUAUUGAUGGAAAACUUGCUGGUGUUUUUUCUUUUACGCACUCGAAAAAUUCCUUUUCCAAUCGUGAUAAUCCGGAUAUUUUUGUCAAUGUGGCUCAUCCUCUUCAUAAAUUCUGGAUCAAUACAUACCUUCAACAAUUUUCAGGUCUAGUUCAUGACUAAUUUUGAAAUUUAAAUAUUUUAAUUGUCAAAUAAAGAAGCCACUUUAA